GCUUUCGCCGGCGCUGCAAAACGUCACCAUGUCACAUGACAUUAAAACCUCGCGGGAGCAAGACGGCUGCAGGCGCCGAGUCCAUUUGUCUUUACAAAUGCCGCGAGACCAGUCAUUGAUCUCAGCUCACAGUCAGCUCACGCAGGUAGGAUGUGUCCCCGCCCCUGCGGUCACCUGCAGCUCACGUUAGACCAUCAAGUCGGCGGAAGUCAUGUUUCAUUCAUCCCGAAGAGCUGACGGACUUUUAUUGUGAAGGAAUGUUUGUAUGCUGUGAUCUUAGACCUGAUCCUAAAUCAGCAGAUAGCAGCCCCCCCCAGCUGAUCUUUGUUGUGCGUAACACGUCACCCCGCCCCCUCAGCCUGUGCAGGAUUUAAUGCCCUCCUCCUCCUCCUCCUCCUCCGCUCCUCCAUUAUUACUGUGAAGAACCGAGGACGGCAGCGGGUCACCACGACAGCAGCAGGCCGAGCAGGAGGGCCGGACCGCCGGGGAGGACCGGAGGAUGAGCGCCGGGACGAAGCUGAAACCCGGAGGAGGCGACAUGACGGCGGACUAAGCAGGCAGGAGGCGGGAGGAGGUGCAGAUAACCAGGAGCAGGAGCUUCAUCAUCACCACCAUCAUCAUCAUGUGUUAAUGUGCUAACGGGCCUCCGUCCUUCUCUUCCAGCGGCUCACAGUCAGGAUGUCCGCGCCGCCCGCCGGACCCGGACCCGGGCCGGAGCUGCCGGACCUGAGCCACCUGACGGAGGAGGAGCGGAGCAUCAUCCUGUCGGUGAUGGAGAGGCAGAAGAAGGAGGAGGAGAAGGAACAGAGCAUGCUCAAGAAGUUACAUCAGCAGUUUGAGCUCUAUAAGGACCAGGUGAAGAAGUUGGGGGAGGAGCCUCAGGCGGCUCAGACGGCGAGGGCGGAGUCUCCCACCUGCUGCGUCUGCCGCAAGACCAAGUUUGCCAACGGCUGCGGCCGAACCUGCUGCUACUGUCAGAGCCGCUUCUGCGCCCGCUGCGGGGGGCGUGUCCCUCUGAGAGCCAAUAAGGUGAUGUGGGUCUGCAACGUCUGCAGGAGGAAGCAAGAGAUCCUCACUCAGUCGGGGGGGCUUUACUCCAGCAGCUCACAUGGGGAUCCUCACCCGCCAACGCAGGGGCCACCGGGCGUCACAGGGCCUCUGAGCAACGGAGCCACUGAGCGGAAGCUGAGCCCCUCGGGGUCGUAUUACGAUGGCGGGGGGGGCAGGAUGCCCCGCUCGCCCUCAGAUCAUGGUCCACAUCUCCGCUCUCACUCACCACAUGGCUACCAUGGUGAUGGGGAGGAGGAGCUGCGGAGCCGGAGGCGACCAAUCAGAGAUGGACGAGGCCGCUGGCACUCACAGGACCACCCUCUGGACCAAGUUCAGGACGAGCGUGAGCGGCGGCGGCGGCAGGAGGAGGAGUUUCUGGCUCGUUACCGUAGCGACCCGAACCUGGCUCGUUACCCGGUGAAGCCGCAGCCGAGCGAGGAGGCCAUGAGGAUGCUGGCUCACGUUGGCAGGGUCCGCCACCAGCGCCGCCACAGCGACGUCUCCUUGGCCACCUCCGAGCCUGACCACCUGACCCUGAGACACACAGCUCUCCGUAAGAACCGACUUCAGGGAUUAGUCGGAUCUGGAGGUCAGAGGUCGUUCUCUGUAGAACGGGCAGCCAAUCACAUCAGCCCCACCUCUCCCCGCCGCAGCCCGUUACCUCAGCAACACCUGGACCCGAGCUCCGCCCUCAAGAGGAAGCCGGCCUAUGCGAGCACAGCGCAGAGGGCGUGGAGGAUGGGGAAGAUGCAUGUGAUUGGUAGCUUCAGCAGCUCAGAGGAGGAUCUAGUGACCACGCCCGAGUACAACAGCUGCGACGAGCCUGACAGAGACAUGGACAGCCAAUGGUGGGAUCAUGGUUCCUGGCACGGCGAGCCUCCACCCAUGUCUAUGCAACCGGUCACAUGGCAACCGUCCAAGGAUGGUGAACGUCUGAUUGGUCGAAUUCUGUUGAAUAAGAGGAUGAAGGAUGGGACUGUUCCUGCGGAUACAGGGGCGCUGCUGGGACUCAAGGUGGUGGGGGGGAAGAUGACAGAGUCCGGUCGUCUCUGUGCGUUCAUCACUAAGGUGAAGAGAGGGAGUCUAGCGGACACUGUGGGACACCUGAGACCAGGUGAUCAGGUUCUGGAGUGGAAUGGUCGGGUUCUUCAGGGUGCCUCGUUUGAUGAAGUUUACAACAUCAUCCUGGAGUCCAAACCAGAACCACAGGUGGAGCUGGUUGUGUCCCGACCAGCCGGAGAUGUUUCCAGAGCAGCAGAUAGCUCCUACGUCCAUCUGGAGUCCAGUUCCAGUUCCUUCAACUCUCAGAAAGUCGGUCCAUCCAUCUCCGUCACGUCUCCUAUGAGCCCCACCGUUCUGUCCGGACAGGUCUCUACAGUGAGCAGGCGUCCUCUGGUUCCCAGGAUCCAGAUGAAGCUGUGGUACGAUAAAGUCGGUCAUCAGCUGAUUGUCACCGUACUCGGAGCCAAAGAACUUCCUGUCCGAGACGAUGGCCGACCGAGGAACCCCUACGUCAAGAUCUACUUCCUGCCAGACAGAAGUGAUAAGAGCAAGCGGAGAACAAAAACAGUGAAGAAGUCGGUGGAACCUCGGUGGAACCAGACCUUCAUGUACUCGCCGGUCCAUCUGCGGGAGUUCAAAGAACGGAUGUUGGAGCUGACGGUCUGGGAUCAGGCCCGUGUCCGAGAGGAGGAGAGCCAGUUCCUGGGAGAGGUCCUGAUCGAGCUGGACUCGGCUCUGCUGGACGAUCAGCCUCACUGGUACAAACUGCAGCUCCAUGACGUUUCCUCCCUGCCGCUGCCCAGCGGUUCCCCCUACCUGCAGAGGAGAGUACUGCAGCCUGAGGAGGCCGGCAGGAGGCUGCAGAACAAAGGCCCUUACUAUAACUCAGGGUCUCAGAGGAUCAGUGACAAUGAGUUUUCAGAUUACGACUGUGAAGACGGCAUCGGGGUGAUUUCAGACUACAGACAGAAUGGGCGGGACUUUCACAGCUCCACCCUCUCAGUGCCAGAGCAGGUGUUGUCGUCCAAUCACUGCUCUCGAUCCGAUGUUGUCAGGAUGAGGUCACGGUCGCCGAGCCAGCCGCCUCCUCAGAGGUGCAGUCGGGGGACGGACCGACGGGAUUAUUACAGUCGCUCUCGCUCAGCUGACCACCGAGCGAUGGCGGACCGACCAGUCUACACACGCUCCCACUCCACUGACCGGACUGACUCCGCCCACCUGAUGUCUGGACGCUCCGCCCCCCCCUUACCUGCCCUGACCAGGGCGAACCCACGAGGCGGAACGACCCAGACGAGCCCACCAGGAACGCCGGUCUGCAGCCGCCGCGGACGCCAGCUGCCCAUCAUACCGCCCAAAGGAGCGCCGGACAGAAUUUUGGCCACGCCCACGACAGGAGCACCAACUGCAACUGUAGCUCCUCCCACUCUAUUUAAUCAAGCCCCUCCCCCUGUCCACAAGCAAGCCCCUCCCCCCGUCAAUAAUCAACAGCCUCCUCUUAUACGAAUCCAAGCCCCUCCUCCUCCUGGACCAGCCCAACCCCACCCUGCACCUGCACCUGUAGCAGCGCCUGCGCCAGUUCCUGCCCAGGUCUAUGCCCCGCCCCCAGCUCCAGCACCAGCACCAGGCCCAGCUCCUGUCAAAGUCCAAGCCCCGCCCCCAGCCACUGCUCCAGCCCAGGCCCCAGCUCCUGUCCUCGUCCACCCACCUCCUGCACCCCUACCUGUAGCAGCACCUGCACCAGCUCCUGUCCAAGCCCCGACCCAAGCCCCAACUCCAGCUCCGGUACCUGCACCAGCAGCGGCCCAAGACCAGCCCUAUGUACCCGCACCUACUCCAGCCUCACCCCCGGCUGCUGCCCUACCCCCAGCUCCUGUAGUCCAAUCUUCUGAACCCACCCUCCCCCCUGUACCUGCUCCAACACCUGUCCCGACACCUUCCCCUGCCCCCUCACCUGCCCCGCCUCCACAGACUCCAGAGCCCGACAGACGCUCAGCAACCCCUGGCGGGACCAGAAAAGGUGUGAUGAAGGAUCCAUCAAAGAUGAGGGACAGUCUGUCCUUUAAGUCAUCAGACAGCGAUGUCAGCGAAGUGUCGGCCAUGUCCAACGACAUCCGAUCUGUCCACAGGAUCAGUCAAGUGGAGGCUCUGCAGGGCCAAUCAGUGGAGUUGGGGGCGGGGUCAGGGACACAGGGAGUAACAGGGGCAGCAAAGGACAGCACCGUGCUGCAGAAGAGCGAAUCAGUGGAGGAAGGAGAAGAAGGAGAGGAGGAGGAGCCUGAGCCGUCAAAGGCUGCGGCAGCGGCAGCUCCUCUUACGAAGUCGUCAAGUGUCGGCGGAGAGAUCUGUUCGCUGGGGAGAAACGACGACGAUGACGACGACAAGAAGCGUCGCUCGAGCUUCGGAGCAAAGAUGAUGGGGAUGGUCGGACUGGGAAAGAAGAGUCAGAGUGCCUCCCAGCUCAACCCCGAGGAGGAGGAGAAGAAGAAGAAGGUGGUGAGACUUCCUGUCCAGAGGAGUGUGGAAACCGGUCUGGCCAUCGAGUUUAAAUCUCGUUUCACCCGACAGCUGAGCCGCGACCCGGACGCCGAGGAACCCAAACCUGGAGCUCUAAUAUUUCCAGGAGUGAAGCUGGCGUCAGACAAACAGUUCACCGGCUUCCUGGAGGGAUUAGGGCCUGCCCAGCUGGCGGGACGGCAGACUCUGGCCACGCCCCCUAUGGGUGAUAUCCAGAUCGGGAUGGUGUACAGGAAGGAGCGUCUGGACGUGGAGGUCAUCCGAGCCCGUGGGCUUGUGGGUAAACAAGGCAACAAGAAUACUCCAGCUCCGUAUGUGAAGGUGUAUCUGAUGGAUAAUGGAAAGUGCGCGCUGAAGAGAAGAACUCGUCUGGCCAGAAAAACCCUCGACCCUCUUUAUCAGCAACAGCUGCAGUUUGAAGAAAACCCCGAAGGAAAAGUACUGCAGAUCAUCGUGUGGGGCGACUACGGUCGCAUGGAUCAUAAAUCCUUCAUGGGCUGCGCACAGAUCCUAUUGGACGACCUGGACCUGUCCAACAUGGUGAUUGGCUGGUUUAAACUGUUUCCUGCCACCUCAUUGGUGGACCCUGCCUUGGCCCCACUGACCAAUAAGGAGACAGAGGGCAGCAAGUCUUAGCAUCAGGAGGCGUGGUCGACUGUAUCACCAUAGUAAUGGUGCGGGACGGGAGGGGCGGGAGGCAGAGGCAGGACGUGUUGUUGGCGAGCAGAGUCUAACAAAAAAGUCCCAUGAUGCUGCAUGCUGCAUGAUGACAUCUCAGCAAUGAUGAAACAGCGUCACAAUGAGGUCACCGUGAGGAAGGAGGCUCCGCCCUUGACGAUAAAACAGUAAAAUGACCCCUCAAGUGGGAGCAGGGCCACACAGCAAAGGAUUCUGGGAAAAGAAGACAAGAGGCCACGUGACCUCCAGCUGCCAGCCAACCGCAGCAGUUCCUCAGGAGUCAUGUGACUGUUAGAGGCCUGUUCAGAAGCCAUAGACUGAUAGUUUCCAUGGAGACACAGGAACAUGGAAGUCUGGUUCUUUGUUUUUGCAUGGAACAUUAGAACAUAAAAAAUAUCAACUGUGAAAAAAAUAAAGAUUCUCAAUGCUCAGCGGUUCUUUAAUGUGUUCUGUAAGGUACCACUGACAUGUUCUGCUGGGAUCAGUGAUACGAUUCUGGUUCUAUAAAGUUCUGGUUCUACAGGUAUCAUGGACAUGUUCUGGGAGAAGUGAGAAGAUUCCAAUUCUUUAAGGUAUCAAACUAAGAGACUGGGCUGAUUUCUGUUUUUCUCACCUCGUACUAAUAAUAAACAGCCAGUUGAUUGAAAUUAUUAUCAUAUCAUAAUUAUUAUGAUUAAUAUAAUUACCAAAUAGUUUUUUUUGCUAAUUUUCAGGUUCUAAAGGAGAACAGGACAGAAGGUUUCCCUGGCUGAGACCACAUGUUGGGGCACAAUAUAAAUAAAAUGUAUUUUGACAA